CCUAUAUGAGUAAUUAGCAGAGAUGCUUCGUCUUUAGUCAGCAGAACGUCAUGUGGACCUGAGAGAGAAAACGUUUCUACUUCUGUUUGUUUGUCGAAAGAUUUGACUGUAAAAGUCGCCUUUAAUUUCUCGUUUAUUUGGUUGUUUUCAUCCCUCUGUGGUGUUUUAUUUCUGACAGGUUGAGCAAAGCACGUGAAAGAAAAUGGACGAUGGAAGCAAACAACCACAGACAUUUGGGAGUGGACAGCAGAGAGCUCAACAUCCCAGACCUUUCUUCUAUGUCCAGCCACCAACUCAACCUUAUUACCUCUACCAGCACUGGCAGAUGAACAACCCAUACAACCAAUAUGGUGUACCUGGAGGUCUUAACUAUGGCCGUCCCUGCAUGAACCCGUACCAGUACAUGCAGUAUCCCGGGUUUGUUUACCCUCACGCCCCGAUAUAUCCGAUGGAUUACAGGCGAAUGUUUGAGCCUCGCUUCCAACCUCCUCCCUGGAAUGAAAUGCCUCGGCAGCAGCAUCAGCAUCACCCACAGCCUUACGGGCGUCGAGAAAUGGCCUGCUCAGAGGCUCAAACCGACCCCAGUGACGCCAUAACCAAACUCAUCGAGUGCCUGGAUAAAAUCCGAGCCACUGAGCUGCAGGGCGCCGAGAGGGAACUCGACUCUGGUGUCGCCUCGCAGUCCUCGGGAAUGUUUUCUCCAGUAGAAGAGAAGAAAAGCGAAGAGCAGAGUCUCGUCCUGCCUUCAGCGCCUGAUCACAGCCAUUCAGAGUCUUCAGCUGUGACCUUCAGUGACUCCACAACAGCGGUGUACGACGGCGAGUCCAGCCAGAGGAGCCUAGAAGGCCUGAGCCCUCACGGAUGCUGGUCGGCAGGACUGGAAGAGGAGUAUCCUCUCGAUAGCUCCUCUAUUCACGAAGAGUGUCCUGAGCUGGAGCAGUCAGCAGAAGACGAACACUUCCUCCCUCUUGAGAAAGCAGAGGUCGCGGGUAUCCAGUCAGAUAUCUUGGCGACUGAUGCAGGUGUUCCCAGAUGUGACGCUGAAGAGCUCCUGAAGCAGGGAGUGGAUCCAAUCCUGCCUUCUACCACCAGUCAGCUGGUGCACAAAGAUGAUAAAAGUGGCGACACGGUCUCAAAGACAGAACAUCUGAAAGCUAAUCCCAGCUACCAGAUCCUCAAGCUGCCCUUUGAGAGCGUUUUGACACCUGGAGAUGCUGCAGCCGGCCGCCUCCCCUCACCUACUGCUCCCUACUACUACAACUACCUAUCCAUGCCGAUCACCCACGAGCGGAUGAGCGUUCUCAGUCCGUCUCUGGACGAGCUGUCCUCCAGAGACGAGAUGUUCUCCACAGAUCUGGACGAUGCAGAUCUUUUCCCCAAACACAUGUACGCAGGCAGGAGACUCGCAGAGGUCGUGAGCGGGUCUCCACAAGCUGCUGAAGAAGAAGAACUGUGGCUGCCGGGCUCAAAGAGGUUCAUGUGCGCCUGCUGCGGGAAAAGCCUUGCAAAAGGGGCCGGAAGGAGCAAAGUCCACGGCUCCAAGAUGUACAGGGAGGAAGCCGGACACUCUGAGGAGGAAAGCAGGUAUGGAAGAGGGUGUGAGCAGCCCGUCAGAGUGGUUGUGAGGAAGCAUACUGCACCCAGGAAGCCCCAUCCGGUCCCGCUGAGACACGCUGCAAAACCUUGGUAUAAAAGAGGCCAAUACCAAGAUCCGUCCGAUCCAGUGACCCAAGAGGAAGGUCAUGAUGUCUGUAAGCAGGAGUCAGCUGAUGGCGAGGCUGGAGAGAUGACCAGUGGUGAGCUGCAGUGCAGAACAUGUCAGGACAGACUCUGCAGAGAAGAUGUGACCACGUCAGCUGACCAAGGCAGGUGGGGAGACGGUGACGUGAUUCCCAGGAGGAGACAAGCAGCCCCUCUGCAACGACAAGAGAUGAGUACUCAGAGGAAAGUGAUGUACCACAGGCCGAGAGACGAGGACAAAGAUGACGAUGAGCCGCCACCGUUACACUGGGAGAGAGGCUCUAUGAUGAGAGGAGAACCGAGAUGUUGAUGUCCCCAAAGUGUGAUGAACUGUCCCCACCAAAAGGUGUAAUUGUUCCAGGAUAAUGUGUUUAAAAAUAUUAAGAGCACCAGGUGAAAUGCACUGCACAAGAAAAGCCUCUUUUUGUUUAGAUAAAAGUAU